AUGCAAUCGUCGGAUGCUUCCUCAACUUGGGACUUCACCGCGGUGAUUGAUCUCUUGCAUACCCCGACCAGACCUACUUCGAUAAACGAAUCUUUGGUACCCGCCACGCUAUCUGACAUACGGCAAGAUGUCUCGCAGCACAACUCCGGGGACCAGGGGCUCGGUGAUUUUACUGCACUAUGGGAUUUCUUGCAUCCAUCUGCUAUAACUUCCGAGUCUUCUAGCAAAAACGGUGCGGUCUCGUCCUCUAAGAAACAACCAAGGGAUGAGACUCGUCUUUCCCCUUCCAAACCAAUAUCAAUUCUGAAACGAACUGCCAAGGCUGUCACUCAAUACGGAACGGCCCACUCAUCUGACGUUCUAUCGGAUUCUACAGCCGAGUCUGACGGCGAUCUCAGCGUGUUUGAUUCCGCUGUGCCGUCCAAGUCAGCCUUGUCGUACGUCCCAUCGCAGGUCACCGAUAAAGAGCAGUUACUUACACCCCCAUCCUCUUGCGAAGAGGACAGUGCAUUGUCAUCUCACCCGCCAAAGGCUAAAAGGCCUGCUAAAGACAGCCCUCGCUACAAAUCUGCGGUAGAACGCAAGGCAGGGCUUGUGUCUAAACUCGGAAAACAAUUUCCGGAUUUCACUAUCAACCCGCCGUCCAUCUCUAAUGCUUUAAAGAAACCAUCUGCUGUCCAUGUUUUUGUUGAUGCAUCGAAUAUAUCCAUCGGUCUCCAUGACAGUUACAAGAUCCAGCACGGCAUCCCCGUCAGUACACAUAUCAAACGACUGCCGUUGUCCUUCCACAACUUUUCACUUAUCCUCGAACGCGGUCGGCCUGUAGCCAAAAAAGUGCUGGCAGGAUCAGACCGCUUCGCAGCCAUCAAUGAAGCCGAAAAACUCGGCUAUGAGGUCAACAUCCUCAGCCGUGUUCACAAAGCAAAAGAAUACACCCCUCGACAACUCAAAUUUCGCAAUGCCCUCGGCCCUGGAGGAAGCUCUGAGACGGGCACUUCUCCCUCUGAAAGAUGGGUUGAGCAGUGUGUGGACGAAAUUCUACACCUGAAAAUGCUGGAAAGUCUGAUUGAUACAGAUGAACCGGCAACCAUCGUCCUUGCGACUGGAGACGCGGCGGAAGCUGAGUAUUCAGGCGGCUUUUUGAGAAUGGUCGAACGGGCAUUGCAGAAAGGUUGGAACGUCGAGCUGGUUAGUUUUGCUAUGAAUACUAGUUUUGCUUAUAAGCGAAAGGAAUUCCGUGCGAAGUGGGGAGAACGAUUUCGAAUGAUUAAUCUGGAAGAUUAUGUUGAGGAGAUGCUCGAUAUGUAG